UUAGCUUUGCAAAAAGACCCUCAGGAAAAUCAUAAAUUCCUUGAGGAUCCCCAAACUGGAUUCGUCUAAUGCAAAUAUGUCCUAUCCUAGGAUACGAUGUAUCUCACAGGAAGUGGAGCACUACAUCAUGGUGUCAGCUCUCAAACACGUGAUCACCGGCGGCACUGAUCAUGGUCUCACCCAGGACUUUCACCUUCAAAUACUACCACCCGUCACCCAGAAUGCCACCUCAGUAUCAUUCCAUUCCACCACAGCCAGCGGGACCAAGAGUGUGGAUGCUGACGCGUGCCCAUUAUGCAGGAUCAACGGCUGUCCGGGGUGCAAUCACAUCCCCCACAUUAGGGAAAACAAGAAGAAGAAGAAGAAGAACGAGAGCAAAACGACGACGACGAAGAAGAAGAAGCACAGGGGAGUGAGGCAGAGGCCGUGGGGGAAGUGGGCAGCGGAGAUAAGGGACCCAAGGCGGGCGGCGAGGGUGUGGCUGGGAACAUUCGAGACGGCGGAGCUGGCAGCGAGGGCCUAUGACAAGGCCGCCAUCGAGUUCCGUGGUGCGAGGGCCAAGCUCAACUUCCCGGCGUCGGACUACGCAGAGAAAAAGCAGAGCGCGGAGCAUGAGAUAGCUGACGAGGAUAUGCCAAAUGUAGCGGCGGAUGAGUCUAAGAGAACUAAUAACAAGAGCGAGACUGAGAGUGUGAAAGAGGAGUUGUGGGAUAUGUUUACGGAGGACGACCUUAGAGGGAUGGUCAUGGAUUUGCUUUGAGAAUGCAACAAAAAAAAAAAAAAAACAACUUCGAUUAUAUUAGCGCCGUGAGAAUAGGAUUUACAGCCUCCAAGGAGUCCAAAUGGGUAGAUCGACCAUGUUUCAUA